AUGGAACAUGGAUUUUUCAUCGCAUCGGGAGCUAUGAUGGCCGCUGGCGCCCAUGCUACUGUAAUGUCCGUCAAAGUCGAAGUUCCUCGAGUGCCAGAAAGGGCAAUUGCCCACUCGAGCUCUGCGGCAACGGAAGUCAACUCUGAUGCCCUCAAGGAAAGUGAUGGGCAUCACAGCAAACCGGCUAACUGGAAGCGCGAGUUACCAAACCAGACAACGACAGGUGGUGAAUGGUGGACAAUUCGACCCCGCGGGUUUGGGGACUGGAUUUACUCUUGGACGAAGAACCGACGGACAGAUUGCUGGGCCUGGAAGUGGACUGUAUCACGGCUUCAGGCAGACAGUCCCGAUGUCAUUGCCGAUACCCUAUCGCAACAGAGCUCUCGCAUAUUUCAGCGCAUUCGUUUCGAUGAAUUCGUCUAUGAAGCUUCUGGGCAAUCCUCCGAGGCGAUUAAAUCGUUCCGAUGGCAGUACAAUGCUCUCAGUUGGAGAUUGUUCCGCUGGUGUAUCAGGAAACACGACAUGAUGGACAGGCUAAGUGAAGUGCAACAGGCCAUGCAGAGAAUAGCAGCCGAUCCGUUUAUUCUUGACACUAUUAAAAGCACCUGCCUUUGCGUGGAAGAGGGACGCUACUCCGAGCCGGAGCUGGAGCAGUUAUCUCGUCUCAUCAUCAAGCCACUGCAGGCAGGUCUCCGUCAGCCUACAUCAAUAAAUGAUCUACAGCUGCGGAUACUAGAGUUUCGGUUCCGAGGACAAUACCACGGUCUUGACACAAACUGGCAACUACCGUUAGAUACCCAGAACAACAAGUUGCUGCAACAAUUCAGUCAAACCGAGAUACCAGUCGUGGCGGAAUCCCUAUCUAGGGAGGACCUUGCAUUGUACCGACAGCUCAAGCUCGAUGCCAUCACGCGAAAUUACCUUAAACCCAACCAGGUCAGGCAUGAUCUAAAUGUACGAUGGGAUCAUCUUUGCCGCUCAGUUGAGGAAUGCACUGCUGCUGAGGCCGGGAUUGAUAUGGAAAUUGCCCACCUUGCUCAGGAGUUUGGUUACCUCGUGAACUGGGAGCAAAACUUUCGGGCAUAUCGAGAGAGCAUGCAAGAUCGAGAGAAUAUGGGAUAUUCAGCGGCCCUACACUUUCUCCUACCUGCUGCGAUUGCAGCCCGGGAAGGAGAUUACACGGUUGCUCAAAAGGCAAUCAAAGCAUGCGAAGCGUACAACGUCGGAUCAUUGUAUGCUGCGGCAGACAAUACUUUUGCUGAAACCAGGUCUCUCAGCUCGGCGACCACUGUGAACGCUGGUGGGUAUUUCAGAAGCGCAGGAAACCUUAUUGAAUAUUCUACUCCUACCCGAAAUUCCCUGACGGAUACUGUGUUCUCGCGAGGUAUCGAAAAGGAAUCCCGUUGUGUCCCAUUUUUGAUGCCCUUCUUUUUCUGCUGCGCGGAUUGA